AUGGCCUAUCACGUCGGUGUACUUCCUGACGAUGUCCUCCAGACAUUGGUCGCGAAGCUGAACCGCGACAGUGCAGAAGAAGAGAACAGCUCAGAGGGACUGCGUUUCGUGAGACUGCCUCACCCUAGAACGGGCAUUCCCUCGUUGUUCCUCCCGUACCAGACACCUGAUGAUUCGAAGAGCUCCCUACUGGAAGUUCAAGCAGUGUCUCCGCCAAACCCGCGAUCUUGGUUCAUGUCUCAUGGAGAGAUUUUGGACGACGGCAAGCUUCUCGUCAUGACUCCCAUUGAUCCUGCUUUCGUGCUUAUUCCUAUCUUGCAGUGCAUACAUCCGAUUGAUGGAACAUCGAAUAACUUCCGUACCAUGGAAGAUAUUCUUGAGGAAGCGGCUGCGAAGGUAGCCGGGAAGAGUUCUGCACUCGACUUAAAGGAUCCAUCGGCUGUUUGCUGCGUCAAUGACAUCCUCCAUCUCUUGUCUUUUACAUGCAUACAAGGCGCGAUGAAGCACCUAUGCGAAGUAAAAGAAAUAACCGCAGACAUCGUCGUAUAUCGAUACACGCCUGCCAAGGUGCAGGACUAUCUAAGGUUGAAAGUCGGUCGCCUCGCCUCGCCAGAAAUCUUUGAGGGCUCGCGGACGUUGACGCGCAAUUUGGCCAAGGAGGGACUGAUGGACGACGGGAAGGAAGCUCUCUUGGAAUCUGGUCGCCUUCGGGGCGCAUGCAAUCUCAUCUCGCAUUAUAUCUCUCAGGAGCUGCACACCGCCUUGCUGGCGUCAUACGACUUCACUGCCCUAAAUGCACAUCUUAAGGCUGCAGAGCAGGUCCUCGUAGCGCUCACUGCGGAGAACAUGAACAAGGCAGAGAAGAAGGAGAAUAAGAUAAAGAACGAAGUCGACAAAGUAGAACCUCCCGUUGUCGCCUGUGCACGCGUGAGGGAACGCGUCGCGGACAUUGGAACUCCGCCAAUUCGCAUCCUGUCACCGACGUUCAUGACCGAGACAACUAAGAUGUCGACCAAAGAUACAUUCGCAAAGCAGUAUAUAGAACGCAGUGUGCAAACGGACAUCCUAGCCCAAAUCGUCACCCCUCCUUCGCCAACUCUCUCCACUCGCAUGUCUUCAGUACUUUCAAGAACCUCAGACUCUGUAGCCGCCGGGCACUCGCCAAGUCCCAGCCAUUCGCGUAGCUCGACGCAAUUCGACAUAGAAAGCGCAUAUAGCCAGACCACAGACGGCUCUAGCCCAACACACUCGUUCUCAACCACAGCCCGUACGUACAAGCGCCAACAGAUCGCCUUCAACAGGCCCUCAAAACCCUUCAAGAUCGCCUCCACAAGAUUGGUGUCGCUUCCCGAGACCGUAUCAGCGUUCUCCACAAAGUCUGCCUUGCAGAAGACCGCGCGCGUGGUGUCGAUGCCCACAUCGCUGGAGGACCCCAGCCUGCUUUCGGACGACUUUGAUCUGUCUGCACACUCGGGAGAGCCAUUCAUAUCCGAGGACGAGGAGGGCUCGCGUGUCCGUGUCCAUUCCCACGCGACGGACACACCGCACACGCCCUCUCCGCCAUCCUCCCCCGAAUCAAUACUCAUAAUCGCGAACAAGAACUCGCUCUCUGAGGGCUUUUUGCGACAUAAUAUACGCAUCGAGGAAACGUCGACUCCGCACCCCGACAAUGAAGGUUGGAUCUCAUGGGCGAACUCUCCACCGCGUCCUAUCCCUGCUCUCCAUGGUCCGCUGUCACUGCCAUAUGCGCGUUGCCCUUCCGGUGCUGAAGGAACAAUCAUAGACGAGCAAGACCAUUUGCCUCGUAUUAUUUGGGGUCUGGAGGGCGAAGAUAAUCCAUCCAGCCGUCCUCGCUCCGAAGCUGUACCAUCGCCGCAAUACGCUCCCAAUCCACUUCCCUCUCACUCCGGACAUUCCAAUGUUCCUCCGCGAUUCCAGAAUGCAAAUGUCAGAAUUGAGGUUGAGUCAGGUUUACGCACUCAGAAGCAUAAUCCCCAGGAACUCAAACGGACACCCGUCACAGCCACCCAGCCUAAAGUUCAAAUUCCUGGGUCACAACCUCAAUCUAAGCCUUUGGUUCUGCCUCAAUCCCAGCAAGAGAUCGUCAGAUAUCCUCUGCGCGGUCAAGAGCCAAUUGAUCUCAGCACCAUUAUGCAUCAACAAGCUGAAGUCGCUAGCACUGGCUACCACUCGGACUAUGAUUUCUACAGGGCUCGCGCUGUGGGUUCUCUUGAGCACGAUCUUCAUGUGCACGAUAUCGGCCGUGAGCUUGGUAUCGACUGGACUGCGGCUCUGCUUGCUCAAGAGAAUAUGCGAAAAUCUGGUUACCUGUCUUCUACUGGCUCUCACUCGCUUAAUGAUCACCGGGACAACCACAAGUCUUCUACUCUUUCAGGCGCAUCUCCGCUUUCUCUCGAAUACCUUGCAUCGUCUCACUCUCCCAUCGUCCUGGAACCGCCCAGUCAAGUCAAGUCUCGCAGCACCGCUCCGCACCGCCCGUCUGCGCUCGAGAUUGCACAGCAGUACCGUCAACAGCAAUUACAGCAGCAACAUCAGCAUCAGCAGAGUUUACUGCCUACUCCUCCGAACUCUUCGUCGCCUAUAUGGUCCUCGCACUUCUCGCCCUACCAAGACACUCUGAUCUCUCCAGAGCUUCUCUCUGUUCCUCGCUUGUCAAAGCUCUCACCUAUAGGGUUGCAAUCCAAUACCGCUUUUCUACAUCCUGAGGUGACUCAGCAGCUACGGUCGUCCCUUCAAGAUAGGUCACAUGCAUCUGGUCUCCUCGGUCGCAAAGGUAAUUCUGCGUCCUUAGCUCUACCCGCUCGCAUCGAAGACGAUCCCGUGCGAGUUCGUUCGCUCUUGCCCGAUGGUUCGAACACUGUUGUCUCAAACACCGUCUCGAGUUACCUGCACUCUCAGACCCGCAAACAGCGAAGUACCGCUCCGGCGUCGCAUGUCGAUCGUUCACCCACAGUACCCAGACCGCCGCCGAACACGCCCCUCAGCACCGUCUCCUCCCCAUCUACAGCAAUACGCAACAAUCAUACCCAGACUCAGAUCCCGAUGGCCACGCCUCCUUCACCGACGUCUCCGAAGCCGCGGCUGCGCAGUAUCACCCAGCAGCAUGCGCGGUCCAUUCCUCUCGCCCGGCUCGUCCAACGCAGGCUGUCCUCUGUCCCGGAAGAGGACGCCGGCACCCAUCCUGACCUCAGAACUUCGUCCUCACCUGUCCCAUCCUUGGCGCAGAGGGCCCGCAGCUACUCGUCGGGCGAGUCACCGGUACCUCCAAACGUCAUGUUCUUACUGUCGCCGCCGUCACCGCUCCACGUCAACACGCGGUCCCCGAGCCCCAUCCAGCCGUCCCAGAGCAACGCCGCCGACAGAAAUGAGGCAGGCUUUUUGGAUGUGGGAGUUGGCUCGCACGCGACGGUGAAGUUACCGGGCGGGGGAAGAGCUGACCGUGGGCGCGGUGUCGGCCUUAGUGUAAGUGGGUCUGGGUCUGUGCAGCAUGACAGUAAGAAGGACGUGGUGAGGGGACAGGAGAACCAUCGCGGCCGAGGAUCGAGGAAAGGAGGGCGCGGGAGAAAGGGCAGAGGCGGAGGUAUGCAGCAUAUAUUCAAUGGAUCCGAGAGGGUCGACGGUGGAUUGAUGGUCAAGUCUUGA